UGACUUCUUCUCGCCCCCGAUAGAUAAUACAUAUUGGAGAGUAAAAUAUCUUUCACUCAAUUAGGGCAUCUGAUACAACAACCGUAUGUAGAGUAUUUGAAUUAAAAACAGAAUAAAUUGCAACCAAGACAGUUUUUAAUAAAGAUACUCUAGGAUAAGUUACAUGAGUGAUAUGUAAGCAAUCUCCUUUGAAGACAGAUUGUAUUUCCCUAGCAUUCUACAAAUAUAGCAAAGUCUACUAUUUGUUAUAUCACGACUGGGCCUAUUUUUGUGAAGUGCACAAUUCUGAACAUCUGCAACAAGUUGUCAAUCUCUGCACUACUUUGAAAUCUUAUCAAGGACUUACUGAAUAUUUUAUACAAAUGACUCGGGUGACUUUGCAAAGCCAAUGAAUGUGAAAUAAAUUUUAUGCUAACAGAAUGGUCUGCAGCAAAGCGUAAUGUUUACAUUCUUGACAUAUGUAACAACUUUGCCUUGUUUCACAGGGGUACAUUCAUGAGGCACAAUACUGUUAGAACCGAAAAAAAUCAUCAACAUUGUCUUCACCUUCGACCGACUUUGCCGUGCUUUUUUUGGUUGUGGUGAACCUGGAGUCUUCCACUGCGAAGGCUGCACUGUGGUUUCAGGAUCAUAUCCAUAUGUUAACAAAUUUGGGUCAUUUUUAGUCCGAUUAAUCAGUUCUUGGUACACUUCAAGUUCGUAUUGUCUCUGGUCACUUGACAGCACUUUUGGAAUGAAUUAAGAGCACACUCAACGCAUGUUCAGAUAUUCAGUUAAAAUUGACUGAACUGCAUAGAAACUUAAAUCAAGUUCAUAAGCCACCUCCCUGAUUGUAAGUAUAUGAUCAGAGUGCACUAAGUCACGAACUUUCACAACACUUUUGAGGUGGAAGGAUGGCUGGAGGUGGAAGGAUGGCUGGACCUAGGUUCAUCUUCAAACGAUUCACGGUCAUUUUUAAAUCUGUUGAACCAGACAAAAACAUUUGACUGGCUCAUACAAUUAUAUCCAAAAGCUGUUUUUAAUACUUAGUAAGUCUCAGAAGCUGAUUUUCCAGUUUUAAAACAAACUUUCACACAAACUUGUUGCUCCGUUUUUACAUCCAUUUUCACGCAGACAGAAUCUGGCAACAGGCCCCAACAGACCCACACUCAACCAGGUGCCACUGAAUAAAGAAAACACAGUUUCCUGUCAGAGGGCAUUCAAGGACAAGGCAAUGACUCACUCCACACCCUCCAUGUACCGGCCCACCAAUCCAGUCAUCCACAGUAUAAAUGAAUUAUCAGCAGGUGAUGCAGUGGGAUUUAGUGUUCUUCAACAUCAAGCAGAACGGCUUUUGUCUGUAAUUAGCCACGAAGCAAUUCAACAAUGUGUGGAUGACACAGAGCAUUUGCAAACAAGUGGACUGUCUGACAGAAUACUUCGUCUUGAAUCACGUGCUCGACCAGUGCAAGGUGUAGAUUCAUCUGUGAAUACUCGCGGGUCACGAUGUGACAUCGAUGAGCGUUAUCCCGAUAUGAGCAGCUCUCGGGAAUCCCUUAUGGAUCUGGGUAAUGUGGUGAGUCUGCCACCAGUGCCUGAAGACAGUCUUGGAAACUUCUGCAAACUUGCUGUCAGAACGUCUAGCCUGUCAUCACUGAAAAACUUCCGCAAAGUAAAACUGUGUUUGCAGCGUGCAUCCUCUGAGGAGGAUGAGGACAGUGAAAGUGAAGAACACAGCUUUGCUUCAUCGGAUGAGCAAGGAAGCAGUGACAAGGAAAUGAGGCCAGCUUUUCUGUCGCAAAAAAAGAACAUCAUGCUUGGUAACAUUAAAGAAGAGGUUUGAAGACUUCUGGCACUUGACACCAUUUCCUGGUUUAUUUUGUCUGC